CAAGAUUUUGUCCAAAAGCAGACAAGAGGAUCGCCCUGCGCUGAGCCGGCUGGUGGGCAGCAGGCGGCGGCUGAUAGCGGCCGGCGCGCUGGGGGUGGUGAUGGUGCUGCUGCUGGUCAUCCUCAUCCCGGUGCUGGUCAGCUCGGCCGGCACCUCGGCGCACUACGAGAUGCUGGGCACCUGCCGCAUGGUCUGCGACCCCUACGGCGGCACCAAAGCGCCCAGCACUGCGGCCACGCCCGACCGCGGGCUCAUGCAGUCCCUGCCCACCUUCAUCCAGGGGCCCAAGGGGGAGGCCGGCAGGCCGGGCAAAGCGGGGCCGCGCGGCCCGCCGGGGGAACCGGGGCCGCCCGGCCCGGUGGGGCCGCCGGGUGAGAAGGGCGAGCCGGGGCGGCAGGGCCUGCCGGGCCCCCCCGGGGCGCCGGGGCUGAACGCGGCGGGGGCCAUCAGCGCCGCCACCUACAGCACCGUCCCCAAAAUCGCCUUCUACGCCGGCCUCAAGCGGCAGCACGAGGGCUACGAGGUGCUCAAGUUCGACGACGUGGUCACCAACCUCGGCAACCACUACGAUCCCACCACGGGCAAGUUCACCUGCUCCAUCCCCGGCAUCUACUUCUUCACCUACCAUGUGCUCAUGCGGGGCGGCGACGGCACCAGCAUGUGGGCCGACCUCUGCAAGAAUAACCAGGUUCGAGCAAGUGCGAUUGCUCAGGAUGCUGAUCAGAACUACGACUAUGCCAGUAACAGCGUGGUUCUUCACUUGGAGCCAGGAGAUGAAGUUUACAUUAAAUUAGAUGGAGGAAAAGCACAUGGAGGAAACAACAACAAAUACAGCACAUUUUCUGGAUUUAUUAUUUAUGCUGACUGACAAUGAGUAAAAAGAUCCACCAAACCAGUCAAGAAAUGAAGUCUGCUCUUCUAAGCGAUGGAUUGCGCAGCAAAAGUCAAUGAAACAAGCACCCCAGCAGAGAGUGACCACUGAACACCUCAGCAGUGGGGGGAAAACGUUGAAUGCUACCUGAUUCACAUCUGUACAACGCAGAGAAACCUUAUGUUAAAACCCCACAAACCAAGUUAAACAGAUGUGCGAUCCACUUCCGCCAAAGCAAAUACUUCCUCAUUGUUAAGUGUCCAUGUGAAUGAAGUUCUACAUAGAUCAAAUUUUUAUAGGGAACAAAAACCCACCUAAGGACGCUGAGUUACUUCUUCAGUGUAUAUGAUACUUUGAUGUGUUAUGAUCUUGCUGCUUUAUCCAUACUUCAGCUUUGGUUCUUGUGACUUACCUGCUAACAAUGAUGCUUGGAGUCCACUCAUAGUGUGGUGAGGAAUGAUUUUACAAUAAAAGGAAGAGGUAAUCAAAAUAUACUUUUUCUCUGCAAA